GCGAUAUGCGCCGAUCGAUCUAGCCAGCCAGUGAAUUCUCCUCCAUUCGACAGCAUGCGAUGCAACCUUCGGUGACUGACCGAGGCUGUACCUCUUCCCAAUUUUCAUGGUUCGAAGGUACAACUUGAAAGUAAGCUACCUAGGAUUGCUCGUGCAGAUACUGCUGCAUGCCAGCUGCCUGGUGGACCAUGACUUGAAAGCAUAAGAAGGGUCACUACAGAUGCCCCGCCCACUGGAGCUCCGUCGUCCUGGUUCCAUUCCAGCCGACACCUCCCGGGAUCGCAUUCCAGAGUCUGGCCCUGUUGGUCAUAUGGGGUGUGGCCUAGAGUGGCCCCGCCCCCUCUCUGUUGCUGCUGGGGAGGUGGUUGAAGGAGGAACCUUAACGCACUCAACAACACCCAGCUCCCUCUUCCUCUGUCUGCUGCCAUGAAGUGAACAGGCAAGAUCAAAUAAUUAGUCUUUACCCACACUUUCAAAUGCAAAAUGUUGUACUACAAAGUGUCUUAAGCCGUAAUUAUG